UCCCUCCCAGGCUGCUCCGCGCCAGCAGCGCUCCGCACCAUUGGCUGCGCAGCCCCACGUGAUGCCGGGGUGGCGGCAGCGGUUGCCCGGGUGACGGCUGCCGAGGUGGCGGCCGGGCUGGGUGAGCGCGAGUGUCCGCGGCCGAGCAGCAGAGAUUUUUGCGGUGAGAAUUAAUUACCAGUAACAGUUCAAUAUGGGGGACAUUCUGGCUCAUGAGUCUGAAUUACUUGGACUAGUGAGAGAGUAUUUAGAUUUUGCUGAAUUUGAAGACACCUUGAAAACAUUUUCAAAAGAAUGCAAAAUAAAAGGAAAACCAUUGUGUAAAACAGUAGGUGGAUCUUUCAGAGACUCCAAAUCAUUGACAAUUCAGAAGGAUCUUGUUGCUGCAUUUGACGACGGAGACCAGAAGGUGUUCUUCAGUCUGUGGGAGGAGCACAUUCCCAGUUCCGUCCGAGAUGGGAACUCCUUUGCCCAGAAGCUGGAAUUCUAUCUCCACAUCCAUUUUGCCAUCUAUCUUCUGAAGCACUCUGUGGGGAGACCGGACAAAGAGGAGCUGGAUGAAAAGAUUUCUUACUUCAAAACCUACCUGGAGACCAAAGGGGCAGCCUUGAGCCAGACCACAGAGUUUCUUCCUUUCUAUGCCCUUCCUUUUGUUCCCAACCCUAUGGUGCACCCCUCAUUUAAAGAACUCUUCCAGGAUUCCUGGACUCCAGACUUAAAGUUGAAGUUGGAAAAGUUUCUAGCUUUGGUAUUUAAAGCUAGCAACACGCCAAAGCUUUUAACAAUAUAUAAGGAGAAUGGACAAAGUAACAAAGAAGUGUUGCAGCAGCUCCACCAGCAGCUGGUUGAAGCUGAACGUAGGUCAAUGACAUACCUCAAACGGUACAAUAAGAUCCAGGCCGACUACCACAAUCUUAUUGGAGUCACAGCGGAACUGGUGGAUUCUCUAGAGGCCACAGUCAGCGGCAAGAUGAUCACCCCUGAGUACCUCCAGAGCGUCUGUGUCCGCCUGUUCAGUAACCAGAUGCGGCAGAGCCUGGCGCACAGUGUGGACUUCACGAGGCCUGGGACGGCAUCCACCAUGUUACGAGCCUCCUUGGCACCCGUGAAAUUGAAGGAUGUCCCAUUACUGCCCUCCUUGGAUUAUGAGAAACUGAAGAAGGAUUUGAUUUUGGGGAGUGACCGCUUGAAAGCCUUCUUGUUGCAGGCUCUACGCUGGCGCUUGACCACAUCCCACCCUGGAGAGCAGAGGGAGACGGUUCUGCAGGCCUACAUCAGCAACGACCUCUUGGACUGUCAUAGCCACAACCAGCAGAGUGUGCUUCAGUUGCUGCACUCCAAGAGUGACGUGGUGCGGCAGUAUGUGGCCAGGCUCAUCAAUGCUUUUGCGUCACUGGCAGAAGGUCGCCUCUACCUCGCCCAGAACACAAAGGUGCUACGGAUGCUGGAGGGAAGACUGAAGGAGGAGGACAAGGACAUCAUCACCAGGGAGAAUGUUCUUGGGGCCCUGCAGAAGUUCAGCCUCAGGCGCCCCCUGCAGACAGCGAUGAUUCAAGACGGCCUCAUCUUCUGGCUGGUUGAUGCUCUGAAGGACCCCGACUGCCUGUCUGACUACACGCUGGAGUACUCGGUGGCUUUGCUUAUGAACCUCUGUCUCCGCAGCGCAGGGAAGAACAUGUGUGCCAAGGUGGCAGGCCUCGUGCUCAAAGUCCUUUCGGAUCUUCUUGGCCAUGAAAACCAUGAGAUACAGCCAUAUGUGAAUGGAGCUUUGUACAGCAUUCUUUCUGUUCCAUCCAUCCGUGAGGAAGCAAGAGCAAUGGGAAUGGAAGACAUCCUACGCUGCUUCAUCAAAGAAGGCAACGCUGAAAUGAUCCGCCAGAUAGAAUUCAUCAUCAAGCAGCUUAAUUCCGAAGAGCUACCAGAUGGUGUUCUUGAUUCUGAUGAUGAUGAAGAUGAAGAUGAUGACGAGGACCAUGAUAUCAUGGAAGCCGAUCUGGACAAAGACGAACUGAUCCAGCCCCAGCUCGGAGAACUCUCAGGAGAGAAGCUUCUGACUACGGAGUACCUGGGGAUCAUGACCAACACGGGGAAGACAAGGCGGAAGGGGCUGGCCAGUGUGCAGUGGAGCGGGGAUGAGCCCCUGCAAAGGCCCGUCACCCCCGGCGGCCACAGAAACGGGUACCCAGUGCUGGAAGACCAUCACACACCUCCCCAGACAGCCCAACACCCCACAAACGGCCACCCGCAGGCCCUGCCAAACCCUCAGGAGGCUGUCUACAGGGAGGGCAAGCCCAGCACCCCAGGGUCCCGCGUCUCCUCUUCAUGUAAGAACAUGGGCAGCACGUCAGCAGCCAUCAACGCCAAGCCAGGAGAGUGGCUCCCAAGAGCACGCCAGGAGGAGCCUCACCCGGCCCCCACAGGGACCUCCCGCCAGCCAAGGGAGGCGCCCCAGGACCCAGGCAGUGGAGAGACCACCAGGGAAUGUGCAUCAGCCUUCACAUGCAAGCCCCGGGGCCCUGGCACUCCAGAGAUGCUGGACUGGAACCUACCCAAGGCAAAGGUGUCAGUUCUGUCCCCUCUGUUCUCUUCGUGUGGCCCCCAGCAGGCCAGCCGCCCCGGCUCCACAGCGACCUCUACAAGGGGCCUGCCGAGCAGCCAGUCUCACAGGAAGUAAGGAUGUCCCCGGGUGUCCCCAUCACGUUGCCGGAGGACCAGCCAGCUUCCCGCUCUCAGCUGGCAGCAGCUGCCAGUGAUGGAUGUAAAGGGACAGUUGUCCACAAGACUCUGGGAGCUGAGGGGAGGCCGGCUCUCCAGGCAGCACCAGACCAAGGCCAUCGCAGCCCCACCGGCCGGGUCACUUUCUCCUGGGGCAGAGCCGCCAAGGAGGGCUGGGGAGAGCCUGGAACUGCGCCCUGGAGAGGGGGAUUUCCUGCUCACCCUUCACACACACACGAGAGGGGGUGGCUUUUGCCCGCGGGAGAUCUUCUGGCCCCAGAAACAGCAGGUGCUGGAUUUGCAGCCCUGGCCCUCCAGGCCCCAACGGGGCGACAAUGUGGGGCCAGCCUGGAGCAGGGCCUUUCCAAGGCUGCUGAAUCCAGCUCUCCUCACUCAGACCAACUACCAGGACCCAGAAGGAACUUAGGGUGAAGCUCAUUUUUUUCUCAAGCCUGCGUCUCAGCAGCAAAGUUGGUGUUUUCUUCCUCUGUUAAAACCUGAGAAAGAAGGCCGGGCGCAGUGGCUCACGCCUAUAAUUCCAUCACUUUGGAAGGCCGAGGUGCGCAGAUCACGAGGUCAGGAGAUCAAGACCAUCCUGGCUAACAUGGUGAAAACCCGUCUCUACUAAAAAAAUACAAAAAAA